UCGCAUUCCCCUCCAUCGGACCACGCUUCGGAAAGCUGAAGUACAAGCAGUAUUAGCUUUCGUAGCCGUCGCAGCGACUACUAAGCUGUCGUUUCAGAGGAUUGCGACGGCCUUCGCGAACACGCGUGGUUACUUUUCGACGCGCAAGGCUAGCGAAGUCAACGGCCAGCGUGAAAUCUAGUUUCGAGGCCCCUAAAAAGAUAAGACUUCUAUCAGCAGUCAGCGUGAAAUGCGCGACGUGAGCGGUCCUCGUGAGGUGGUGCAUCAGGAUCCCUAAAAGUGUAGUAGACUUCUCGUCUAACAGGGGGUUUGCUUCUUCGUCCUUGUGAAUAGAACCAUUUGUUACUGUCAAAAGCUCUAUGCAAUGGCAACACCGGCAGCAGCGGCGGCGCCGCGGGCGGGAUUUCCUUCCCAGGAGCUGCUGGACGACCUCUGCAGCCGCUUCGUCUUCAACGUGCCUGGGGAGGAUUUGCAGUCGUUUGAGCGCAUGCUAUUCUCCAUCGAGCAGGCCCAUUGGUUCUACGAGGACAAGUGUCGCGAGCGGUACACGCCUUCCCUGCGCUCAUUCACCCUCCGGGACUUUACCAACCUCCUGUUCCAGCGCUGUGUGGCCCUCAAGCCCUAUGCAGCCAGGGUGAACGACAUCUAUAACGAGUUCACUAGCUACAAAUUUAAAGUGCCUGUAACGGGGGCUAUAAUCCUCGACCAAUCAAUGACGCGGUGCGUACUCGUUAAAGGGUGGCGUUCGUCGGCAAGUUGGGGCUUUCCCAAGGGCAAGAAGGGGCUUAACGAAACGGAUGCAGAGGCAGCUGUUAGGGAGGUGUGGGAGGAGACAGGGUUUGACGUCUCCUCUCUGGUCGACGCCUCGGAGUACCUGGAGGUGGUGGCUGGGAAUCAGCAGCAGCGGUCGCGGCUGUUUGUGGUGGCGAGCGUUGACUCACGAACUGCCAAGUUCCAGCCACAAACAGUCAAGGAGAUCAGUGAAAUUGCGUGGCAUCUCAUCUGUGACUUGGCGUCAGCUCAGAGCGACGGAGCUCUGCCCGUCUCUCGGGCCGUCAGUGGGGCAAAGCUCUUCAUGGUGCAACCGUUUGUCAGACCCCUCCUCGAGUGGAUCGACCGCCAUCACACGGCCGACACGAGGCAGCUGGCAGUGCACAUGAUGCCGCAGAACGUUCCAGGAAGCAUCAUCUCUGUGUGGAAGACCAGCAGUGUUCUGCCCUCCUCCCCUCAAACCGCAAUCCACUCAUCUUCCACCCACCUUCCAACCCCUCACUUGCAAACCACUCACGCUCAGAUCACUCAUCCUCGCCCCACUCUCGUCCCUACCCUUCCUUCCGCUGCCACUGCUGUUGCUGCUGCUGCAGCUUCCAGCACUGCCUCUACAGGCACUGCUCAUUCCACCGUCCCAACCACCACCGCUCUCCCUCACAUUCCCUCUGCCUCCCCCUCCUCUCUCCACCAUCCAGUCUCAUCCCGCCACGGGGCAGCCAGGAAGCAGCUGUUUCCGGCAGAUUCUUCCCCCCUGUCCACGUCAGCAGCAUCAUCCAGCCUCUUGCCAGGUGGCAGCCGGGCAGGGAUCCUCAGGCUGCCACCUGGCACCCUCCCACGACAAAGCCUACUUCAGCAACAACAGCAGCAGCAGCAACAGCAGCCGCAGUCUCUGGUAACGCCAGCAGCCGUAGAAGCUGCAGCAGCACCAUCAGCAGCAACAGUGACGACUCUUCUACCUCCCUGCACGGAGUGGGUGAAUUUCAGCUUCGAUAGAGGUGCCAUUCUGCGCGCCAUGCAGCAAGCCACUUGAGUGCUGGCAGGUACAGGCCCAGUUGCCAGUACAACGCUUUGAUUCUGGUAGCAGCAGCAGCAGCAGCAGAAGCAGCAGCAGCAGCAGCAGCAACGGUGGCUCCUCUUCUCCCUCCCUGCACCGAAAGGGUAAAUUUCAGCUUCGAUAGAGGUGCCAUUCUGCGCGCCAUGCAGGCCACCUAAAUGCAGCUCAGGGAUUGGGUUCAGGUCAGGUGCUCUACAGCGCAUUCAAUUUGGCACCAUCGGCAGCAACAGUGGAUCCUCUUCCCCCUUCCUGCACCGAUUCUGUGGGCCAUGCCAUGCCGGCUGUGUGAAUGCUAGCAGCUCUUAGGUCUGCUGAUAGGCUCUAGUUCCUGUACACCUCAUUGUGAAGACGUGACUUUUGAGUCGUCUAAAAAGGCACCAACUAGGCUCUAGUUCCUCCAGGGCCAGAGAUUGGUUUUGGGGUACCCUUAAAAGUCAGAGUACCAUGACGAUUUCACCUUGGAGUUGGGUACCGGUUUAA